UUUGGCAUCGUUGACGACCCGUACUUGGCGGCGUUCUGUCGUUGUCAUGGCGGCGUUUCAAACUGUUGUCAAGCUCAGACUUAAGGUGUUAGCCGCGUGCUAUGUCGUAAUUAACCUCCAGUUAACGACGCUGCGCGCGUAGCUGGUUUAUAAUGACUAUAUGAAGUGAAACAAGUCGUUUAUAAGCGAGGUCGAAAUGGUCGAGUGGACGGUUUUAGGAUUAACCUGACACUGACGGAGAACUUUAAUCCAAAAGCGGAGCUAGCCUGCUAAUGCUAACACUCGUUAGCGUUGAUUAUUAGUUUGGCACAGCUCGCUGGUUGUGUUUAUUUAUUUGUUUAUUUAUUUAAAGCUGCUGCAAUGACUGCGCAGUUCGUGCAGAGUGGUCCCAGAGGACAGCAGCAAAGACAAGCAGGGAGAGACUGGGUUGUUUUAAGCAGCGAUUUAACUACUGGGAUGUCCCAAACCAAGCUGUUGUUCAAUGAAGCCAUCCCUGCAAGUGCCAGAAACCGUGCCACCCACGUACGCCUGCCGGCCCCCAUCGUGAUAGAGAGGCUGCUGCCGCUGUCGGAGGAGCGUGAGAACAUGGGCAGUGCCCGAAGCUCCAUCAGCUUCACCGCGCUCUCUGAGGAGAGACUGCAGGCCGCGGUUCAGCUGGCCAAGCGCGAUCUGAGACGAAGGCGCCUUGAGUCACUGACAAAAUCCCCAGCCAAACCCUCACAGGAGGCCUCCGUCCUUGAAACAAGUGACGUAGAGCUGCUUCAGGAGCUUGCAGCCUCUCCGAAUAAGACAAAGUUAAAGGCCUCUAGUACAAAACAGAAAGCAGCCCGAGCUGGAGCCAAACAGGCGACACUCACAUCCCAGAAGCGUCCCAUUUCUUCCAUGCUUUCGAUUGGCCGGUCACCCCCAACCAGAGACCCUGGCCCAAGGCAGUUGGAAGGAGGCAAAGAGGCUCCCUUAAGCCAGGAGAUCCACAAGCUGCAGAACGAGCUGGAAGUGUAUAUUCACAAAGUAGAAGAGCUAGCCAAGAGAGGAGAGAAAAUAGAAGAUCCACUGGAGCCUGAAGAGCAAAACAAGUUGGAGAUGCGCAGACAGAAGCAGGCAGCCCGCUCAGCGCGUAAUAUCUAUGUUCUGCAGCAGCAGGUAAAAGAGAUACAAGAAGAUUUAGAGAAACUACGGGGCCAGAAAAUGUGGGACACUAAAAAGCCCACAGCAAUAAGCAGGCUUGCAGCUGCUCAUCGUGGGGCGUUCAGGGCCUUACAGGCUGUUAUCCACCAGCUUUCAGAUUUGUCUCACGUCAAGGUACCCCCUUAUUACAAAGAGCUGGGCCAGCUGAUUCGCCAGCUCUCUUUGUGCUCAGCUAAAGUCGAAGUAGAGCGAGGUUCGACUGUUCCUGAGACGGCCCUCGACAUCCUGCAGAAACUAGAGACUUUGGAUUCUGCCCUCAGUAAACAAGAGACGCUCGAAAAGAUGCAAGCCCAAGCAUGUCCUCCACACAGGAAGUCUCCUCAUCGCAGCAUGUCACCUACUUCUGCACUCAAGGGCCCCAGCGCCUCAUCUGUUCGAGGACCACGCAAACCUGCAAAUCCCAAAAGAGCUGUUCGUGCAGGAAAGAGAAUGGCCUCACAAAAGCCCAAAGCCUGCUCUCAUCAGCCACUGAACAGAAGAGAGGUGCUCAGGGCCGGCCUGGAGAGCCUUGCCCAACAGAGGGAGCUGAGGGAGCUGCAGGAACGACCUCAGACAAACACCACCGGCAGACGAAGAGCAGCUCCACCCCCUGAGAGAAGCAAGGCUGAUAUAAUGAAGCGCAAUCAGAUACAGGACGCAGGUUUCCAGCAGCCCACGGUCUCGUCUCAGCUCAGAGUGAACCAGCUCCCUCAAAAAGAGCCCUCGGUGCCCUGGAUACCCACAUCCCCUCACUCUCCUCCUACACAGCGCUCCCCUCAAAGGAGAAGGCCGGAGCCCCGUUGUCUCUUCUCCUCUCCCCUGAUGCCUUCAUCCAGCCCUUCAAAGCAGAAGGUGUCUGGCAGUUUUGGUGCCGAGCAGCCGGCCUUGAGCUCAGAAAAGAAGAAACAAGCUCAGGAUGAAGCAUUAAGGAAAGCCUGGCUGGAUAGAAUGACGAUGCAGAGACUGAAAGAGCUGGACCAGCUGAGUAAAGAAGAGGCUGAACGCAUUCAGACUUUAAGGUCUGAAGUUGUCUCGCCAACUCGGUGGGCUGAGAAAGCCGAGCAGAAGGCCAGAGAGAGAAUUCAGCCCCUUCUGGAUGAAGCACAGCAGAUUGAGUCCAGGAACAAGAUCAGCUCCUCACUGAGGAAUCGGCUGUCUGAGCAGGCUGCAGAGAGGGCAGCAGAGAGUGCCGAGCAGCUGAGCGAGGCCCUGCUGGAAGAUCUCUUAGAGGACACUGCACGGGCGGCGUGGGUGGCCGAAGCAGACAGACAGUUGGAGGGCAUGGCUGAGUGUAGGCUGCAGGCCCCCACCCUGGAGAGUAUGCUGCUUCGUAUGGAGGAGAUACAGAAAGAUCAGGAGGAAGUGAGGAGACGGUUUGCGUCCAUCACAUAUUCAGACCCUCUUUACUGGGACCGACCUGAAGCAGCAGGAUCCCGGUGCCAUGCUCCGGGCUCCAGGCCAGCCUCUCCUCAGCCAAUUAGGCUCACAAGGCCAGUGCUGAAGCAGAGCACUGCAGCAGAUAUAGUCCUGGAGAAACCCGUGGAGACUGGACACAGUCUCCUCUCUGAGAACAGCCUGACAGAGGAGGCGUCCCAAGAUGAACAGCAGCCCAGACGCAGCGUCAUGUUCCCAGGCCCAUUGGAGAGAAGCGGGGGAACUGUUAUCUCCGUGCCAGGCAGCAUGCUGAGAAACAUCAGGCGGUACCGGGAAGACUACGAGGCGUACCUGCGCGUUGUGGCUCACGAGGCUGUCGGCAGCUUCAACCCCUGGGCCGUCGCAGACAGCCUGGCGGAGGAGCUGCUGUCGGAGGCUCUUGCUGACGUGGCGGCGGAGUUUCAAGACGUCGUGGAGGAAUACGCCGAGGCCGUCUUCACCUCAGAGUUUCUUCAGCCGGUCCAGUCGCCUCCUCCUUCGGCUGCGGCGUUGGUCAGCCAGUAAGAUUUCACAGCAGCGUUGACGUAGAGGUUUCUUACAGAUGUAUUUAUUUUUGUGAAAAUAUUUUAAUAUCAAAGCUCUGAGAUCAUUUUGAUUAUUUGCCCGUUUUCUAUAGUUUUGUAUUUUGUUAAUAUACAAACGUCUGUACAUUAAGAAGUGUUUAUAGAUCGAUACUUUGAUGUGACAUAAUGUGACUUUAUUUAAUUGUAGAUAUAUUUUUUUGUAUCAGAGUUGCAGCAGAUGAGAUUGUUGAAUUGCACAGGGAGCAUUAGUCACUCUUUACGGUCCAUCUGUAUCUGUGAUUGAAUUCCACUGAGAAAGUUAGUUUAGUUUGGAUAAGCUCGGAGAGACCAUUACGACAUUACUGAGGAUUAUAAGAUUACCACCCUCCCCUUGCACUUGGUUUAAAUCUCUCUGAGGAUUACUCACACUUUCUAUUUUCACGUCAGAAUAUGGAAAUAAAUUAACUGCAUACGGUCUCCACAAAAAUGAUGUAGGAAGCCACGGGCAUCAUGUGUUUAAUCUAUUGUAACACGAUCUUUUUUGCUCUGAUGUCUAAAUAAAGAGUCUAAAGGCAGCCUGCA